CAUAGGGUUAUCAAAUGAUUAUCUAUGGUUUUUAUUUAUCACAGAAAAAAACUGUAUGUUUUUGUUAUGAAUAAAGAAUAUUUUUGUAAAGAAUGGAUGCACCUCUUUUACUGAAUCCCGAUGUUGACUAUAAUAAGGCCCUUCCAAUCCAACAGAAACGAAUAAUUGCUUUCAUAAAUCACUUCAUAAUGAAUACUGUUUCAUUUUUGAAUACCUUCGCCCAGUCUUGCGAAUCUAGACUGAUGGAAUUCGAAUUUAAGUUAAACAAAGUCGAUGCAUCACUGAAAAUUCUAGAAUCUCAAUUAUCUUCAAUACCAGAUGAGAAUUUCAGAAUUGAAAACGAUUCGAUUGUUGAAAAUGAUCCUGUCCAAAUUGAAAACUCAGCAUCAGAUGAAAUUCUUCCAGAAAUAGAAUCAGUCGAUAUCGUAGAACCUGAAGAAUCAAAGCCUAGCAAUAAUCCUAUCUACAGUAAAUAUUUCAAAAUGGUACAAGUAGGAGUACCUGCGCAAGCAGUGAAAUUGAAGAUGAUGAGCGAUGGGUUGGAUCCAAAUGUAUUGGAUCAAGUUUGAGAGGAAUGAGUAAUGAUCAUAUAUGCAUGAUUAUUCUCAUGAAGUACCUUUGCAUAACAAAUAUAUAUUCUGUAUUUUUAUAGCUUUAAUUGUUAACUAUAAGCAAAAUUUAUAAACGAAUAUUUUACUCCUUAAAUAUACAUAAAAUAAUGGGUUA